AUGGGACAUUCAAAAAUUCAAACAAACGCUAAAAUAGCACCAGAAUUGGAGCAUCCAGAUGAAGUGCAGCGCAACGGUAUCUCAUUCUUGGACCUGCCGCGAGAGCUGCGUGCGAUGAUAUACAAAUAUAUCCCCGAUAAUCAUGGCGCUUUCAGCUACGACAUUCGCAUGAACCGCUCGAGACCCCAUUGGCUACCAUCAACUGUUGGCAGCCAUAUGAAUGGAAAUUUAUUCGACGAAAAGUAUGGCAAUCCUGGUGUCGCACUCGGCAACGGGGCACACUGCUUUGCCAUCCUUCUGACCUGCCGAACCAUCUACUCAGAAGCCUUACCGAUACUAUACGCGAGCACUCCACUAGGGGUCUGGCGCCCCAUGUACGACUACGGUGGUUCCACAAAGUAUCCCGAUUUUGUUGCGAAAGUAUUCAAUUCACUGCCUGUUCAUGCAAGCCAAUAUAUCCGGACUCUGCAACUGCAAGGAGAGUUCUUUCAUCGCAGCAUGCAAACGCUUUUGACAUCAGCAAUUAUCAAAUUGCCUUCUUGGAGGAUCUUGGAGAUUGGUUUGGAUCCUCAUUACGAAGACCAUACAAGGAAACACUGGUUUGACGGCCGCGGUGCACGGCAAUCAUGGCCUGCCUUUGCGACUUUACACUCAGUAGCUCAACACCUCGACAGCAUCAGUAUCACCGUUUCUCCUCCAGAAGAUGGAGUGCAUACUCGUAUACUCUCUUCGACUCAACCCAACAGUGUCUCAAUUUCUGGCACCGCGUAUCGACAGUUUCUGUGGUUGCAGUUACAAUUAUUGGUGAUGCGAAUCGAGCUCACGAUAUACGGUGCCCUUUUGAAUGGAGAUUUCAAAUCUGGCAUGGAGUUUUUCAUGGACACAUUGCUGGAAAGAGAAAAUUUGUUUGAGAUUUUUCAGAGGAGUAAAUUGAUUGAUGAAUGUAUUGCGGGGACUGCAAAGUUCAGACUUGAGGAUCAGAAAGAUUGGUUGAGAGGGAUUACUGGAAGGACUUUUGAGGUUGAUGAGAAGGAGAGGAGGGUUAAUGUGAUAUCUGAGAGGAAGGCAGAGAUGAAAUGGUGUAAGGUGACUUAUACGUCGGCUCCAAGGGGACAGUGUAUGGUGGAUGAAGGCGAUGCACUAUAG